UGCGGGCACUAUGUUACGAGCAGACAAAUUUGUCUAACCUUUUUAUUCUUUCGUAAUGAUUGUGCUUGCAAAAGCACUUAAAACGCCGAAAUGUCGGGUACUCACUAAAUUUAAUAAUAAUCGUAGUUAAAUAAAUGUUAUUGUUGACUGUACACGAACUGCAAUUAUGUAACGAGAGGCUCACUAUACUAUUUGAUAGUGUUACAUAAAAAACGAAUGAGAUAACAGAUUACGAAGUGUGCAGACAUAAUGUUGGCUGCUGUUGUGGUCACACGUAAUAUACAUAUAUCGGGCUACAUUCUAUUACUUUUUUUUAAAUAUAACUGGUUUUCAUUAUUCAACAAUGUUUUGUGAUUUCAAUGAGAAACAGCAAAAGUGAAGUGAAAUGGUGAAAACAAUGUGUUGAGUGACCUAGAUUUUUUUUGUAAAAUUUCUAUUUUGUAGGUUGUUAUUUGAUCAUAAGAUUUAUUUGGAAAAUAAAAGUAAAUAUAAGUAGCAGUAGUACGAAAUGUAUAACACCAUUCUAUUCUUGAUACUGAAUUGGAUAGUUAACGCUUCGACUCAACAAAAAUCUCCUAAUAUAGUUCUUAUCAUUGCCGAUGAUUUGGGAUGGGACGACGUAAGUUUUCAUGGAUCAGACCAAAUAUUGACUCCGAACAUCGAUCUUUUGGCAUACUCUGGAAAGGCCUUGGGACGCUACUAUACUCACUGUAUUUGUACACCAUCGAGGGCAGCUCUCUUGACCGGAAAAUAUGCACAUCGAAUCGGAAUGCAGGGAUACCCCUUAACGAAUAGUGAAGACAGAGGUUUGCCGACGACGGAAAAAAUAUUGCCACAAUAUUUGAAAGAGUUGGGAUACUCGACUCAUUUGGUUGGAAAGUGGCAUGUUGGACAGUCACGAACUGAAUAUUUACCAAUGCAGAGAGGUUUCGACAGUCACUUCGGACACAGAGGUGGAUAUGUAGACUACUAUGAGUACACAUUAGACGAAACGUGGAGUACGGGAGAGGUUACAGGAUUUGGAUUAUUUCGAAAUGAAACACCUGCUUGGGACGUUGAAGGUUACCUUACAGAUGUUUAUACUGAAGAAGCCAAAUCUGUUAUCAAACUUCAUGAUGUAAAUAAGCCGCUAUUUUUGAUGUUAGCCCAUAACGCGCCUCACGCUGCAAAUUAUCCUUCCAUUGUACAAGCGCCACCUGAAGACAUUCGAAGUAUGAAACACGUGGAAUUAACGGGGCGACGAACUUAUGCAGCCAUGGUAAAAAAGCUGGAUGAAAGUGUAGGGGAAAUAGUAGAGGCUUUGUAUAAGAAACAGAUGCUUGAAAAUACAGUUAUCGUGUUCAUUGCUGACAAUGGCGGUAUGACCUCUGGGGUUGCUAUGAACUUUGCAUCUAAUUGGCCUCUGCGAGGACUGAAAAUGUCGCCAUUCGAGGGAGGCGUACGUGCCACAGGACUUGUAUGGAGUUCGAGUUUUAAUAAUUCAAACCACUUGUGGAAUGGUUUUAUCCACGUGACAGAUUGGCUACCAAUUUUUUUGAGAAUAGCAGGCUCAGAAGUACCUCUUGAUAUUAAUGGCGUAGAUCUUUGGGAUGACAUAAACACAAAGGAUAAUUCCAGGCGUGAUGAAAUUUAUGAAAUUGACGACUACACCGGUUUUGCUGCUAUUAUAUCUCAAGAUUUCAAAUUAGUUUCUGGACAAGUGACAUUAGAAUACAGCAAUUAUCAGGGAGAAAACCUCAGAGGGAUGAUAGGGGACCCACCAUCUUAUGCUGAUUCUGUCCAGAAGAGCAAAACGUAUCGUAUUCUUAAAAAUAUUGGGAAACCUUUUAAAAAAGAGGAUGUAAACCUACGUAGAAACAUUAGAGUGAAAUGUAAUCAAGAAAUAGAUAAAAUAUGCUAUCCCGAUAAAAAUAAGUUUUGUUUGUAUAAUAUUAAAGAAGAUCCUUGCGAAACAAACGAUCUGUCCGCGACAUAUCCAGAUAUAGCGGAAAGUAUGUUGAAACGUUUACAUAUUGAAAUAUCUAAAACAAUACCUAGAACAGUGCCCUUGUACAGAAAUCCGGAAUCUUUACCUCGUCUACACAACUUCACUUGGACAACAUUUGCAGACAAUUUCAAAUAGUACUGUUUGAAUAUUUUUAACUGUUUAUUUAAAUAUUUAAAUAAAAUUACUUAAUAUUGUUGGA